AUGAGAGAUUUCAAACGUAUGAAGGAAGAUGCACCUCCUGGCGUUUCAGCAUCACCGUUGCCAGAUAACGUCAUGGUAUGGAAUGCGAUGAUUAUAGGGCCUGCAGAAACGCCGUACGAAGAUGGCACAUUCCGAUUGCUACUUGAGUUUGACGAAGAAUACCCAAAUAAACCCCCACAUGUUAAGUUUCUUAGUGAAAUGUUUCACCCGAACGUAUAUGCCAAUGGAGAAAUCUGUUUAGAUAUCUUGCAAAAUCGGUGGACUCCCACAUACGACGUUGCCUCUAUUUUAACGUCCAUCCAAAGUUUGUUCAAUGACCCAAAUCCAGCAUCACCAGCCAAUGUGGAAGCUGCAACACUGUUCAAAAACCAAAAGCCGCUAUAUAUCAAAAGAGUUAAGGAAACGGUCGAAAAGUCAUGGGAGGAUGAUUUAGAAGAUAUGGAUGAUGACGAUGAAGAUGAAGAUGAUGAUGAUGACGAAUGA